GUCUCAAUGAACCGGUAGGCUUCCGUGACGUCAUUGGCGCGCGCCGGAAGCGCGUCUCAUACUGGCCCCGCGACUGGCGGUGAGGAUGGCGUCUUUCAGGGAGCUUGGGUUGUCAUCGUGGCUCGUGGAACAAUGUCGGCAGCUGGGUUUGAAGCAGCCUACGCCCGUGCAGCUCGGCUGCAUCCCCGCCAUCCUGGAGGGUCGGGACUGCCUAGGCUGUGCCAAGACCGGCAGUGGCAAAACAGCAGCGUUCGUCCUGCCUAUCUUGCAGAAGCUGUCUGAGGACCCUUAUGGCAUCUUCUGCCUUGUUCUGACACCCACCAGGGAGCUGGCCUACCAGAUCGCGGAGCAGUUCCGAGUCCUGGGAAAGCCUCUGGGCUUGAAAGACUGCAUCAUCGUCGGCGGCAUGGACAUGGUGGCCCAGGCGCUGGAGCUCUCUCGGAAGCCUCACGUAGUCAUUGCCACGCCAGGGCGCCUGGCCGACCACCUCCGCAGCUCCAGCACCUUCAGCAUCAAGAAGAUCCGCUUCCUGGUGCUGGACGAGGCAGACCGCUUGCUGGAGCAGGGCUGCACAGACUUCACUGCAGACCUGGAGGCCAUCCUGGGGGCAGUGCCGGCCUGCAGGCAGACGCUGCUGUUCAGCGCCACGCUGACCGACACGCUCCGCGAGCUACAGGGCCUGGCCACCAACCAGCCCUUCUUCUGGGAGGCACAGGCACCGGUCCGCACGGUGGAACAGCUGGACCAGCGCUAUUUGCUCGUACCCGAGAAGGUGAAAGAUGCCUACCUGGUGCACCUGAUCCAGGGCUUCCAGGACGAACAUGAGGACUGGUCCAUCAUCAUUUUCACCAAUACCUGCAAGACUUGCCAGAUCCUGUGCAUGAUGCUGCGCAAGUUCAACUUCCCCACUGUGGCACUGCACUCGAUGAUGAAACAGAAAGAACGGUUUGCUGCCCUGGCCAAGUUCAAGUCCAGCAUCUACCGGAUCCUGAUCGCAACGGAUGUGGCAUCCCGGGGCCUGGACAUUCCCACUGUGCAGGUGGUCAUCAACCACAACACCCCCGGACUCCCCAAGAUUUACAUCCACCGUGUCGGCCGCACAGCCCGUGCAGGACGGCAGGGUAUGGCCAUCACGCUGGUGACACAGUAUGACAUCCACCUGGUCCAUGCCAUCGAGGAGCAGAUCAAGAAGAAGCUGGAUGAGUUCUCGGUGGAAGAGGCGGAAGUGCUGCAGAUCCUCACGCAGGUCAAUGUGGUGCGGCGGGAAUGUGAGAUUAAACUGGAGGCGACCAGCUUUGACGAGAAGAAGGAGAUCAACAAGCGGAAACAGCUGAUCCUGGAGGGGAAGGACCCUGACCUGGAGGCCAAGCGCAAGACUGAGUUGGCCAAGAUCAGGCAGAAGAAUCGGCGCUUCAAGGAGAAGGUGGAGCAGACACUACAGCGGCAGAAGGCCGGCGGGAGGCCCAGGGGGUGCCCACCCAGGGCCCAGCCAGGGUUCCACAGAGCCCUGCCCACCCAGGGCCCGGCCUGAGUCCACCACAGCCCCCAUCUACCUAGGACCCACCUGGGACUCCAUCGAGCCAAGGAGGGACCUGUCUGGAUACCCAGAACUGUCUCCCCUGGGCACGGCUGUCCCCCGCGGCCUGCUGGUCCCCCUCACCCUGGCGGGUAGCCCAUGGCUUCCGCCCUGCGUCCCCAGGCCAGUCCACAGCUCUGAGGUCAAACCAGACUCUAUACGUCAGCCACCUUGGCCCAGGGUCCCCUGUGGACUUGGUUUCGCCCUUUAUUAUGGAGAAGGGGUUUGUGA